AUGGUGAAGGAAACCAAAUACUAUGACGUUUUGGGGGUGUCCCCAAGCGCGUCUGAAGCGGAACUGAAAACUGCUUACAAGAAAGGCGCUUUGAAACAUCAUCCUGACAAGAACGCACAUAAUCCUGAGGCAGCAGAGAAAUUCAAGGCCCUUUCUCACGCUUAUGAAGUUCUCUCUGAUCCCCAGAAACGGCAGUUGUAUGAUCAAUAUGGUGAAGAAGGUUUGGAGCAGGGCGGUGCUGCUGGUGGAAUGCAGGCAGAAGACCUGUUCGCCCAGUUCUUUGGUGGAAGCGCCUUUGGUGGCAUGUUUGGCGGCGGAAUGAGAGAACAGGGCCCCAAGAAGGCACGCACUAUCGUCCACCCUCUCAAAGUCACCCUGGAGGAUAUCUACCGUGGCAAGGUUUCAAAGUUGGCGCUGAAGAAAUCCGUCAUUUGUCCUGGCUGUGAGGGAAUUGGUGGUAAGCCAGGUUCCGUCAAGCAGUGCGUUGCCUGCGGUGGUACUGGUAAAAGAACUAUGAUGCGCCAGAUGGGACCUAUGAUUCAACGAUUCGUUGUCGAAUGUACGGACUGUGACAGAACGGGACAGGUCAUCAAUGAACGUGACCGCUGCAAACGAUGCAAGGGGAACAAAGUCAUCAUCGAGCGAAAAGUACUCCAUGUGCAUAUAGACCGGGGUGUCAAGCCGGGACACAAGAUUGACUUCCGCGGUGAAGGUGACCAGGCUCCAGGAGUUAUAACAGGCGACGUUCAGUUUGAGAUAGACCAGCAACCGCAUCCGAGAUUCCAGCGCAAAGACGAUGAUCUCUUCUACCAGGCCGAGAUAGAUCUCCUGACUGCCUUGGCUGGCGGUACUAUCAACAUCGAGCAUUUGGACGACCGAUGGUUGACAGUGCAAAUUGCUCCCGGCGAACCCAUCACACCGGGCCAAAUCAAACUAAUCAAGGGCCAAGGCAUGCCCUCCUACCGCCACCACGAUUUUGGCAACCUCUACAUCCAAUUCAACGUCAAAUUCCCCGAAAAGGACCAGUUGCAAAACAUCCAGCUGCUCGAGCAAGUGCUGCCACCGCGUCUGCCACAGCCACAGCCACCAGCCGACUCGAUGGUGGAGGAUUUUACACUUGAGGAUGUCGAGGCGAGUGGGCAGGAGAGAGCGCACGGAGCUACGCACAUGGGCGAUGAGGAUGAGGAUGAGAUACCACAUGGCGCUGAGCGGAUGCAGUGCGCAUCUCAGUAA